GCGCACACCGAUAAUAUAAACAGGAGUGGCUUAGUACAGUGCUGCUGCUGCUGGUGUUGCUAUUUCCACCGAAGAUGGCGGCGUGUAGACGUGUUCAGCUGCUUCUUCUGUUGCUGUCUGUUGUGGUCUCUGUGUGCUUCUCGCAGGUGCAAAAACUACAUUUAAAUGUCAAUGAUGGUAUUCCAGGCCAGAUGAAGAUCCAGGGACCAGGGCAAGCACCCAUCGCGGGGAACCCGGUAGCGCCCGCAGCCGGGGCCCCCCAGCCCCGCCGGAUCACCGGCUGGAAGCUGGCCGAAGAAGAGGCCUGUCGGGAGGACCUGACGCGAUUAUGCCCCAAGCACACCUGGAACAACAACCUGGCCGUGCUAGAGUGCUUGCAGGAUCGGAAGGAGGACACGGAGAUCGCUUCAGACUGCAAUCAUCUACUCUGGAACUACAAAUUUAACCUGACUACAGACCCAAAAUUUGAAUCUGUUGCGGUAGAAGUCUGCAAGAGCACAAUUCCAGAGAUUAAAGAAUGCGUAGAGGAAGAGAGAGGCAAGGGCUUCCUAGUGUCCUGCCUGGUGGAUCACCGUGCCAACAUCACAGAAUACCAGUGCCACCAGUACAUCACAAAGAUGACGGCCAUUAUCUUCAGUGACUACAGGCUCAUCUGCGGCUUCAUGGGCAAGUGCAGGGAGGACGUCAACGCACUCCGCUGUGGCAGCAUCUCCACUGGAGAGAAGGACAUUCACUCCCAGGGUGAGGUGAUUGCCUGUCUGGAGAGGGCUCUGGUGUUGGAGUUGGAGGAGCGGGAAAACCGUUACGAGAUCAAAGAGGAGUGUAAGAAGGCCAUCCUGCGUGUAGCUGAGCUCUCCUCUGACGACUUCCAUCUGGACCGAUACCUCUACUUCUCCUGCCGCGAGGACCGUGAGCGCUUCUGUGAAAACACGCAGGCUGGCGAGGGCAGAAUCUACAAAUGUCUCUUCAACCACAAGUUUGAGGAAUCCAUGUCGGGGAAGUGUCGGGAGGCACUAACGACGCGUCAGAAGCUGAUCGCUCAGGAUUACAAAGUCAGCUACUCGCUGGCCAAAGCCUGCAAGGUGGACCUGCGGAAAUAUCGGUGCAAUGUGGACAACCUCCCCCGUGCCCGUGAGGCUCGCCUUUCCUACCUGCUGCUGUGUCUGGAGUCUGCUGUGCACAGAGGCCGGGUGGUGAGUGGGGAGUGCCAGGGGGAGAUGCUGGAUUACCGGCGGAUGCUGAUGGAGGAUUACUCGCUGAGCCCUGAGAUCAUGCUGAACUGCCGUGGGGAGAUUGACCACCACUGCUCCGGGCUUCACCGCAAGGGACGCACCCUACACUGCCUCAUGAGACUGGGGCGAGGAGAGAAGAACAGCCUAGGGGCCACCUGCCAGCAAGCACUCCAGACUCUGAUUCAGGAGACGGACCCUGGCUCUGAUUACAGGAUCGACAGGGCACUGAACGAGGCCUGUGAGUCUGUCAUGCAGACAGCCUGCAAACACAUCCGUACCGGGGACCCCAUGAUCCUGUCCUGCCUGAUGGAGCACCUAUACACAGAGAAGAUGGUAGAGGACUGUGAACAUCGCCUGCUUGAGCUGCAGUACUUUAUCUCUAGAGACUGGAAGCUGGACCCCAUCCUGUACCGCAAGUGCCAGGGUGAUGCUGUCCGUCUGUGCCACACUCAUGGCUGGAACGAGACAAGCGAGAUCAUGCCACCAGGGGCCGUGUUCUCCUGCCUGUACCGCCAUGCCUACCGCACUGAGGAGCAGGGCCGCAGGCUGUCCCGGGACUGCAAGGCUGAGGUGCAGAGGAUCCUGCACCAGCGUGCUCUGGAUGUGAAGCUGGACCCCAUGCUGCAGGAGCGCUGUAUGACUGACCUGGGCAAGUGGUGUAGCGAGAAAACCGAGUCAGGCCAGGAGCUGGAGUGUCUUCAGGAUCACCUGGAGGAUCUGAUCAGUGAUUGCAGAGAUGUCGUGGGCAACCUCACUGAGCUGGAGUCUGAGGACAUUCAGAUUGAAGCUCUGUUGAUGAGAGCCUGUGAGCCAGUGAUCCAGGCCUACUGUCAUGAGGUGGCUGAUAACCAGAUCGACACAGGAGACUUGAUGGAGUGCUUGAUCCAGAGCAAGCACCAGAAGGAAAUGAAUGAGAAGUGCAUGGUCGGGGUCACCCACUUCCAGCUGGUCCAGAUGAAGGAUUUCCGGUUCUCCUACAAGUUCAAGAUGGCUUGUAAGGAAGAUGUACUGAAGCUCUGUCCCAAUAUUAAAAAGAAGGUUGACGUUGUGAUAUGUCUGAGCACCACAGUGAGGAACGACACUCUGCAGGAAGUCAAGGAUCAGCGUGUCUCAGUCAAGUGCCGCAAGCAGCUGAGAGUGGAGGAGCUGGAGAUGUCUGAAGAUAUCCGUCUGGAAUCGGAGCUGUUUGACUCCUGCAAGCAGGACAUCGGGAAGUACUGCCAGAAUGUGCCUUACGGGAACGCUCAGGUGAUUGAGUGUCUGAAGGAGAAUAAGAAGCAGCUGACCCAGCGCUGUCACCAGAGAGUCUUCAAGCUGCAGGAGACUGAGAUGGUGGACCCUGAGCUGGACUAUACCCUCAUGAGAGUGUGCAAGCAGAUGAUCAAGCGGUUCUGUGGUGAUGCCGACACGAAGAACAUGCUCCAGUGUUUGAAACAGAACAAGAACAGCGAGCUCAUGGACCCCAAAUGCAAACAGAUGAUCACCAAGCGGCAGAUCACCCAGAACACAGAUUACCGUUUGAACCCCGUGCUGCGCAAGGCCUGCAAGGCAGAUAUCCCCAAAUUCUGCCAGAACAUCCUGAACAAGGCAACCGACGGCAGCGAGCUGGAGGGACAGGUCAUCUCCUGUCUGAAGCUUAAGUAUGCAGACCAGCGCCUCUCCCCAGACUGCGAAGACCAAAUCAGAGUGAUUCUUCAGGAGUCUGCCCUAGACUACAGACUGGACCCCCAGCUGCACAUGCACUGCAUGGAGGAGAUCACCAGUCUGUGUGCUGAGGAAGCUGCUGCCCAGGAACAGACUGGCCAGGUGGAGGAGUGUCUCAAAGUCAACCUGCUCAAGAUAAAACAGGACACCUGCAAGAAGGAGGUGCUGAACAUCCUGAAGGAGAGCAAAGCAGACAUUUUUGUGGAUCCUGUUCUCCACACAGCCUGUGCCCUGGACAUCAAACAUCACUGUGCUGCCAUCCCACCAGGCAGGGGGCGACAAAUGUCCUGUCUGAUGGAGGCCUUGGAAGACAAGCGGGUCAGACUUCAGCCAGAGUGUAAAAAGAGACUGCAAGAUCGCAUUGAGAUGUGGAGCUAUGCAGCUAAGGUGGCGCCAGCGGAAGGCUUCUCCGAUCUGGCCAUGCAGGUGAUGAUUUCUCCCUCGAAGAACUACAUCUUGUUGAUGAUUGCGCUGUGUGUGUCCAUCCUGUUUGUGGUGGGGCUUCUGUGUGGCCGUCUAACCAAACGGUUGACACAGGAACAAAAGGAUAGGUAGAGGGGGGAGCCAGCCCAUCCACCCACUCUCUUCCCACCUUCCCCCACCUUGUACAGCCCAGCCCUGUGGAACACAACACAACGCAACGCAGCUAAACUCCACCACCAGUGCCAUUUGCUGCCAGCUGGGACCCCCUCCUCCCUAUCGGACCCCGCUAGACAGGCAGCACCUCGCGUGCCCUCUAGAGGACCUGUUUUAGUGACCUGUAGCCUCAUUUCUCCAUUGUGUAUAUCUGAAUCGCUGCCACCUUUCAAUCGGAUGGACUUUGACUUGAUGGCUCAAGCAGAUUUUGUUGUAAAAAUCAGACUUUGUCUUUUUGUUUUGCAAAUAGGUUUUGCUUUGUACCUUUCUUUUCUUGCCAAAUAAAUAUAAUUUUUUUUCUGCACCAGGUGGCGCUAAUGUACAUUGGCAUCUAACCUUCUCUGCCACCUGUUGGGUCAAUGUUGAAUUUUUAUUUUCUUGUUUUGAUUUACCAACAGAAGGUGUGGGAUUAGGGGGGAUUAAAGUGGGGGCAAGAAUAGAAGUCUUGUUUUGCUGGCUUUAAGGUUUAUUGGCUAUUAUUGGGUUUUUUUGUACAAGGAAGGACUGCCUGCUUUGGAAAUAUGAUUGUUUUCUGAGCCAUGGAGGAGGGAAAGUGUUGUGGAGAAAUGUAAAAUAGCCCUGCUUUGUUUUAAUAGUGAGACACAACCAAUUGUUCAGAACACUCCCAAGGCGGCAAUAGCUGGUUUCAACACUCCCAAGAUUCUCAGUUAUAGACUUUCCGUCCUGUACAAAGUAAAAUUUCUCACCCCAUCCGACAACUAGAAGUGCAAACCUGAACCUAGGCUCAGUUUUUUGUUUUUUUUUGUUUUUGCUUUUCAGUUGAUUCCACUGGGAAAUUGAGAGGAGUUAUUUUCAGCAAAGUAAACAAUUAUCCUAAUUGGAAUAAAACUUAUUGCCUUAUUUUCACCUUUGGGUAUCCUCUGCUAUAUGUACCUCGUUUUAGCUCAGAGGUCCAAGACAGCACUUCGGCAUCAGUACUGGUGCCAAGUAGUGCCGCCUUAUUUUGGUCUAAAGCAGUUUUGUGUUAGUUGGGUAUUGGGUUGUAGAGCUCAGAGAAGCUUAAUGUAUCCAAAGCUUUUAAAAUAAGUAAAGGAUUGAUUGAUUGGCGCUUGGCAAGCACGUUUAUAUGGAACAUUUUACUGUGUCAACUGAAGUGCCACUUGUCCAACUUAUUUUUUAUUUUUUUGUGCUGCUGACAGUCUGGUACAAAUGACCGUUUGCCCUAAAAAUUGGUACGAGAGAAAAAGACAAAGACUGUACUCUGUUGAUAAUGAGUGUUGAAAAACUGGUCUGUCUGGGGAUCUCUGUUGUGUAUUUCAAUUUGUUUCUUCCCAUGCGUGGAUGCAGUACACGCUGUGUGUGUCUCUGGUUCAUUUUUAAAGUUCAAAAGAAUACAGGAAUUGAAUUUGAAUAAACAACUUGAGCUGUAUCAACAGACACACGUGUAAUAAAAUGGUAUUCAAAUUUUGAAUAAAAUGUCACUGUAGCAGACACGCACACAUUUUGGCUUUAAGACUUCUUGGUGUUCUUGCCUGCUUAAUUAUGACUAUCUGAAUUUAAGCCCUGGGCCAUUCAUACAUAUGUUCGUUCUAAAGCAGCACCAGGUAGAUGGUCUGUCUGAGACUUGGAGUGCUGCAGAUCCUAUGUAUUGUCCAACAAGUCGUCUUGACUCGGUCACUUCUGAACGAUUUCUGGGGUUGUAUGGAUUAAUUUUAGAAUCAACUGAUUCUUUUUCAAGAAGCAUAUAUAUAUAUAUAUAUAUAUAUAUAUAUAUAUAUAUAUAUAUAUAUAUAUAUAUAUAUAUAUAUAUAUAUAUAUAUAUAUAUAUAUAUAUAUAUAUAUAUUGCUAAACAGAUGUGGGUUUUUUGUUUCCCUAGCAUGCAUUUUGAAGGUCAGAAGUUUUGAAUGUUGAAUUAUUUUUUGAUCUGAAGAUAUCUGACUUGGUAAAAGGGGUAGGUUGGUGGUGAUGGUGGUGGUGUUUUAUUUAUUUUUCUACUGGUUUGCAAGUGCUUGAGAGGUGUAAGUGAGGUGGCAGGGUAGCACAAUGAAAGGGGAGGUGGAGCAGGGUGGGAGAGUUGACAAUGAGCUGCAGCAAUAAUGCUGAAAUAACAGUACUCAAUCUUUGGUUGGGCGGUGGUGCAUGCUUUAGGUGUUUCUAAUGAUAGACUAGGAAGGGAGACUAACUGAAGAGGAACCGAAGACACUGCUAUGUCUGCCUGAUGUGUGGUAUGAAAGUUUUAAAUCAAGAUUUUUUUUUAUUUUUUUUUUGGAUAAAUAUGAUUUUGUACAUAUGUCAACCAGAAUUAAUGGUGCCCUUGGUGAAUUUACAAGGUAGCUUGUGUAGUAAGAGGUACUGAAUUGAACUGGGGUCCUAGAAACAUAUAUAUUCCCUCUCCUUUUUAUUACUGUUUUUUUCUUCCUCUUUCAUCCAUUGUCUGCAUGUUGAGAUUAAGUUAUUAUCGAUGGGUUCAAAUUUUUAAGCUUAUUUAUUUGUCAUUACACUUGAGCUUGGUAGUCCAUCUGGAUUCCCUGUGUUCUCUGGUCUCAGUUUCUCAAAGCGCACAGGGUUUCAAACCUCUUUACCCAUAAACAGCCAAGUUGCAGGUUAGCUGCUCGUAAUGAAUUGCAGACAGAGCUGGCCUUCUAAUGCCUCUACAAAGUGGCCUCCACAAAAGCCCUUAGGAACCAACUGCAGACUACUGUUUUGGGGGGGGGGGGGGUCGGCUAGAUUAGUUGUGAAAGGAUGCGAAAGAAAAAAAGGCUUGUGGAAAGGGUUUUCUGGCCUCUCAUUCGGACAGCAUUCUCCACAAGUCCUUUUACUGUAUUGCUGAUGGUUUCCCAGACUUCAGUGGGAACCAGUUACUCUUUUCUAUUCCUAUUCGCUUCAGAUACAGGUGAACAGACCCCAUCUAAUUCUCCCAUAGUUAGUGCAGUAUAGAAAGUCUGGGGAAAAUGGCCAGAAAAAGGGCCUUGAGUUGUGAUUUACAAGGUGGUUUUUAAAACACUGGUUAUCAUAAAUAACUUUUGUUGUAAACAAAGUGCUUCAGAUGGAGCAUGUCUCUGUGCAUUAACACCCCCCUCCCAAGUCUGGAUAACUCCAUUAUACAGACCCCUCCUCUCCCAAGUGUACAGACAGCAUUAAAUAUCAUUCACCAUUCUACAGAUCAGUAGUUACUGUUUUUGUCGGUUUAAAGUGAGAUUUACUCAAAAUAAAUAAUGUUUUUGUAAUAUCUUUCUUUUUGUGUAUAAAGUCAUGAAUGUACUAUUCUGUUCUAACUGAUUGCCAUGUAAUAUUGAGAUGUUACAGAUAAAUAACAUCAUGUGCAUUGUUUUCGUUCUGUACAGAUGAAAUGGGACAAUUUAUUAAUAAAACGGUCUGCAGGUUUUUA